AUGGCUUUGCUAGCAGUUGUCGAUGCGAAUUAUAAAUUCAUUGACGUUGGUUCUUAUGCCAGAGAAGGCGAUGCUGGCAUUUACUUAAAAAGUAAUAUAGGGAAAAACAUAAGAAAUAAUACAUUCAAUAUACCUGCGCCAAAAGCCCUACCCGGAACAAAUAAUAUUGUACCACAUGUUAUAUUGGGAGAUGAAGCUUUUGCUCUUCAUGAAAACCUGAUGAAACCCUAUCCAAGAGAGCAAUCAAUACAUGAUUCAUCAAAAGCUGUAUGUAACUACAGGUUGUCUCGACCUCGAAGAACCACUGAAAAUGUAUUUGGAAUUUUAUGUGCUUACUUUAAACUGUUUUUCGUACCUAUUGCUACUAAUCCAAAAACAAUAGACAGACUAAUAGUAAGUGCAUGUAUUCCACAUAACAUAUUACAAGAAACAAAAGUACUAGCUCCUGGUAAAAAACAUGUUGAUGAAAGGCUUCCAUUACCCGAUAAAAAUUUAAUACCUAUGGCAGAGAACAAUGUUCGAGCCAGAGCUAAUCCAACUCAAAUUCGAGACAUAUUUAAUUCUUACUUCAACGGCCCAGGAGCCGUUGAGUGGCAAUAA